GGUCAUAUCAGUUGGCGCGUUCCCCCGUCUGACUCCGGGCCUGUGUUUUUAGCGCCCAGGGAAUUUGGAAGCCCUAAAACCCUUGAAGCCGUCUCCGAGGCUCAGAGCUCUCGUCGUCGCCGGAGGCAUCGCCAUGGCUGUCCCAGUUAAUCCGAAGCCCUUUUUGAACAACCUUACAGGAAAGCCUGUUAUAGUGAAGCUGAAGUGGGGGAUGGAAUAUCAAGGUUAUCUUGCUUCAGUAGACUCUUACAUGAAUUUACAGCUAGCUAAUGCUGAGGAGAUAAUUGAUGGGCAGAAUGCAGGACAACUUGGUGAGAUUCUAAUCAGGUGCAAUAACGUCCUCUAUAUUCGUGGCGUACCUGAAGAUGAAGAGAUGGAAAAUGCUGGGGGUGGUCCGGGUGGCUGACAACCAUUGGAUUUAGUGGCAGGAGAUUGUGCUUUCACAUCAUUUCUCCUUUCCACACUAAAAACUGAUGGUUCAGUUUGACAUUUUUAAUGCUUUUCGACCUCCUGUUUUCUUGUACUUAACACUAUGUUUCUCGAAUAUAUUUCUUAUUAUGUGCUCUUAA